AUGAAUGAAGGACGACUAGCUCAUCCGCAAUUCAAUCAAUAUAGUUUCAAAGCGGGUGCUUCUACUGUCCAGGCAGAGGCGGCGCCGGCGUUGAACUAUGAGGAUGCUUCUACUCACAAUGCAGCCAAAAAUGCUACCAAGCGAAGUGGCCGCAAGGGGGACCAGACAUAUACAUACUCAAUUCCUCCAGAGCUUGCCGAGGCCGCCCGUUUGGUAGCUGAAGCUUCCCCCCAGCCAGUACCAACCGACUACGGUGUUGACAUCUCGCUCGUGGUAUCGAAAUAUCGCAAGUAUGACAAUAAUGAUACAAACGUCCCGAAACAGAAAUACGUUGAGCCUAAUGGUCUCGAUGGCUACGUGCACACUGGACAACCUGAGGACAGCCCCGAGAUACACACUGAGUUGAAGAAACGUGCCACCACCGACUUCUGGCUUACGCAGAUGGGCGACAGCGGGUCCAGCCCAUAUGCACCGGAUGGGUAUAAAGUAUGGCGAAACGUGAGGGACUAUGGCGCUAAAGGUGAUGGUAUCACGGAUGAUACUGCCGCUAUCAACAAAGCUAUAUCCGAUGGCGGACGGUGUGGAGCAGAGUGUGGUUCUAGCACUAUCUAUCCAGCAUUUGUAUAUUUCCCAGCAGGGAAAUAUCUUGUCAGCUCGCCCAUUAUCCAAUAUUACAAUACGGAGUUCUACGGAAAUCCAUUUGACUACCCAACCAUUCUAGCCGCAUCCAGUUUUGUUGGUCUGGGAGUGAUCACCUCAGACGUGUACACGGGUGACGACACCGAGUGGUAUAUUAAUCAGAACAACUUUUUGAGGUCUAUCCGGAACUUCAAGAUGGACAUUACUCGCACAGAUCCAAAUGCCUAUGUUUGUGCUAUUCAUUGGCAGGUAGCUCAGGGGACGUCCCUGGAGAACAUAGAAUUCUAUAUGAUGCAGGACGGCCUCACCACACAGCAGGGUAUCUACAUGGAGAAUGGUAGUGGCGGAUUCCUAACUAAUCUAACUUUCGUUGGUGGUAAUUUCGGGUACGUCUACGCUUUUUCCCAACGAUGUACCCCUCUAUCUGACCUCCCUUCAGGGCAUACUUUGGCAACGCAGUUUACGAGUACGUCUUUGACAUUCAUGAAUUGCAAAACUGCUUUGCAGGUGCAUUGGGAUUGGGCCUGGACGAUGCAGGACGUGGUGGUCGAGAAUUGUACAAAUGGUAUUGUCAUUGUUGGCGGGGCUGGCGGUCCGAAGAGCACUGGGCAGUCCGUUGGCUCUUUAAUCCUGGUAGAUGCCGUCAUUGCCCAUACUCAAACCGGGAUUGUGACUACACUUCUGGCAGAGAACUCAACGUCCUUUUUACUACAAGGGGUCGUAUUCAUUGAGGUGGACACUGCGAUCCUAGACAGUGCACAGGGAAAGACACUCAUGGCCGGUGGUUCCAAUGUACCAGUAUUUUCCUGGGGAUUCGGACGAGUUGUGACGACAGGUGCUGAGAGCACAUUCUACAACGGCCAGGAUAUUCCCAGAACUAACCGCAGCGUUCCGUUAACAACGAUUGGUUAUAUUGAACCAAACUUUUACUUGCGUCGCCGGCCGACGUACCGAGAUAUUGGCAUGAGUCAAGUGAUCAAUGUCAAAGAUUGGGGUGCAGCAGGAGACGGAAAGACCGAUGAUACUGCGGUCUUGAAUAGCAUCUUAGACCGAGCAGCGAACAUGUCAUCGAUCGUCUUCUUCCCAUACGGUGUCUAUAUCAUCAGAGACACCUUGCGUGUGCCUGUGAAUUCCCGAAUUAUGGGUCAGGUUUGGUCUCAGAUCAUGGCUACUGGACCAAAGUUUCAAGACGAACAAAACCCCCAUAUCGCGGUCCAGGUGGGACAAGUAGGCGACAGAGGCAUAGUCGAAAUCCAGAGCUUAAUGUUCACAGUGUCGGGUCCUACAGCGGGUGCAGUCCUGAUGGAAUGGAAUGUUCACCAAGUCAUUCAGGGUUCUGCGGGAAUGUGGGAUUCACAUUUCCGUGUCGGGGGUGCUACCGGCUCCCAGUUACAGGCGGACGAAUGCCCGAAAGGUUCGGGCGUUGUUCUUCCCGCGUGCAAAGCAGCCUCGCUGUUGCUACACCUCACAUCUCAAUCCUCAGCAUACCUUGAGAACAUAUGGCUCUGGGUAGCCGAUCAUGAUUUGGACCUUCAGGAUCAAGCGCAGAUCGAUGUGUAUUCUGCGAGAGGCCUUCUUGUUGAGAGCCAAGGUCCUACAUGGCUGUAUGGAACUGCAUCCGAGCACAAUGUCCUCUAUCAAUACCAGGUCUCCCAAGCACGAGACCUCUAUAUGGGCAUGAUUCAGACAGAGUCACCUUAUUUCCAAAACGUGCCCCCGGCCCCGUCCCCAUUUUCACCUGGGCUUUUCCCAAACGAUCCCACCUUUUCGGACUGCGACUCCGAUUCGCAGACAUGUCCUGUAUCUUGGGCCCUUCGAAUUAUAGAUUCGACUUCGGUUUACUCAAUGGGAGCAGGCAUUUACAGUUGGUUUUCCGCUUACAGCCAGGACUGCCUUGACACGGAGAGUUGCCAGCAACAUGCGGUCGGAAUCUCCCAAAGCACGAAUACGUGGCUGUAUAAUCUGGUUACAAAGGGUAUUGCUGAGAUGGUGACCCCUACCAAUGAACAUCCCACUCUGUCAGCCGAUAAUGUGAACGGUUUCAUGUCUUCUAUCCUUGCGUGGGUUCGCCUAGCCAAUACCACCAUUGGUGCACGAAAGUUCCCCGGAUUCCAACUUUAUCAGCCCAAAUGGCUUGAUGGUCUCACUGAUACCUGCAAGACCGCCCUCUCCCAGAAGAUCCUCUGUCACCCCUACCUGGAGAUGAAGUUUUCUAAUCCAGGAAUUGGCCAAUACAUCGAUAACAAUACCUUGGCAGAUGAAGUCUGUGAUCAGGGUUGUGGUGAGUCUUUGCAAAUGUGGACGACAAACGUUGCCAACAGCUGUCUCAAUCAGACCAUUGAUGACACCGACCCUGUGGCGGCCGGUGGUUAUAUCUACGCAGGCUACAACUUGACUUGCCUACGGGAUCCACAUACCAAGAAAUACUGUCCAGAUGUACUCUCACACUUUACUAUCGUUGACAGUGUCCGAUCAAUGACGCUAGCAGAAAUGUGCUCGUAUUGUUUCACUACCUCUUUGGAGAUGAGACAAGCCAGCCCCUAUGCGGCCUACACUGACGUGGACAAGGACGCGCUCGAGACUGUUAACGCAGAAUGUGGCCUCUCCGGCCCUACUGAUCUUCACAAGCCGCUAUACACCGAGGACGAGGUCGACAGACCCAUUUGCAUGUCCGGGAUUACGCACACUACCUCGGAGGGUGACACGUGUGAUCUUCUAGCUUAUAAAUACCAUGUCGCCUCCGCAGUCAUUCAGCUCGCCAACCCGAUGCUUGUCAAUGAUUGCAGUGAGCUGAUUCCCGGACGCCAGCUCUGCAUGCCUCUCAGCUGUGAUACCCAGUAUACUCUCCAAGACAAUGAUACAUGUCUGUCCAUUGAAUGGGCGCAGCCGAUUGGGUUUGGUGAAGUCCGAAGAUACAACCCUUGGCUCAAUGUAGAUUGCACGAACCUGCAAACAACCCGCCAGGUUCAUGGAAGUGUGCUCUGCCUUUCGCCCCAGGGUGGAAGCCAUAAUGUGACCGGUACUGGAUCGCCGUGCCCGGGGAUCAGCGACGGAUAUACCAAUGUUGUACAAUAUGCGCCCACUAAUUCUACAAUUGCUAAGGGGACUACGUGCUAUUGCGGGAAGUGGUAUACUGUUCAGCAGGGAGACUCCUGUGCAACAAUCUGUAUCAAGCAGGGGAUCCCAUCAAGUCUUUUCCUGGCUGUUAAUCCGUCAUUGUCGACGAGUGAUUGCGAUACAAGUUUGCAAGUAGGAUAUACAUACUGUGUUGGUCCAGAUACUCAUUGGGAUGACACUGACAACUUUUGGGGCGAGUUUGCUUGCGAGGCAUAUUGA